GCGCUUCGGAAGGGCCGGGGUUGCGGCGGGGUCCUUGACUCGGCUUGUCCGGCGCGUGGCCCCGGCAGCCAUGCAUCCCCUGGCUCCGGGCCCGCUGGGGGACUGCCUGCGGGACUGGGAGGAGCUGCAGCAGGACUUCCAGAGCAUCCAGGAGACCCACCGGCUAUACCGCCUGAAGCUGGAGGAGCUGACCAAGCUGCAGAACAGUUGUACCAGCGCUAUCACUCGGCAGAAGAAGCGGCUCCAGGAGCUGGCUCUUGUCCUGAAGAAAUGCAAACCCUCCCUUCAGUCGGGGGCCAAGGAGGCUGCCCAGGAGCUGGAGAACCAGAUCAAGGAGCGCCAGGGCCUCUUCUUCGAUAUGGAGGCCUAUUUGCCCAAGAAGAAUGGGUUGUACCUGAGCCUGGUUCUGGGCAAUGUCAACGUGACACUCCUGAGCAAGCAGGCUAAGUUUGCCUACAAGGACGAGUAUGAGAAGUUCAAGCUCUACCUCACCAUCAUCCUCAUCCUCAUCUCCUUCACCUGCCGCUUCCUCCUCAACUCCAGGGUGACGGACGCCGCCUUCAACUUCCUGCUGGUCUGGUACUACUGCACACUGACCAUCCGGGAGAGCAUUCUCAUCAACAACGGCUCCCGGAUCAAAGGCUGGUGGGUUUUCCAUCAUUACGUGUCCACCUUCUUGUCGGGAGUCAUGCUGACAUGGCCUGACGGCCUCAUGUACCAGAAGUUCCGGAACCAGUUCUUGUCCUUCUCCAUGUACCAGAGCUUCGUGCAGUUCCUGCAGUACUACUACCAGAGCGGCUGUCUGUACCGCCUGCGGGCCUUGGGCGAGAGGCACACCAUGGACCUCACUGUGGGUGAGCCGGGCCUGGCCUCCUCUCUCGGGAAUCCUGACGGGGGCCGGGGAGGGCCCCUUUUUAACGCGCUGACCUUGUUCAGCCUGGCCCGGGACCCCGAGUGCAAGGAGUGGCAGGUGCUCAUGUGUGGCCUCCCCUUCCUCCUCCUCUUCCUUGGCAACUUCUUCACCACCCUGCGGGUUGUGCACCAGAAAUUCCACAGUCAAAGGCGUGGGAGCAAGAAAGAAUGA